AUGAAGGGCUCUCUCCUCGCGGUGCUGGUUUUGAUCCUCUGCGCGGCCCCAGCCAAUGCCCUGCAUUGCUACACCUGCAACUGGGAACGAAGCAACUGGAGCUGCCUGAAGGCCGAGAAGUGCUCGGAGAAGGACGAGUACUGUGUGACCAACGUGGCCUCCGUGGGGAUUGGCUUCUUGUCCCUGUGGAAGAGGAUCACCAAGAAGUGCUCUGAGACCUGCCCAAACCACAACUUCAGCCUGGGCCUGGCUUCCUACACCUCCCACUGCUGCCAAACCUUCCUGUGCAACCUGAGUGCGUGCCCUGGGCCCAGGCUGGCCCGGCAGUGA